AGAAAAGAUCGUAACCCUAAUCGGACAAAAUCGGGCUAUCUUCUUCCUAUAUAUCCCGUCGCCGCUGCCUCGGCCGUUUCAUGUCCAGGUAAAAGGAAAAAUCGCCCCAUCCCCUGACUAUCACUGGCUCACUGCCCUUCCACCUACAGGUUCCAGGUAUGUCGCCCCCUUCCUCGGCCGCUCCGCAUAGUAGAGUCAUUUCCCACAAGUUCUCUCUCGAAUCGGUUAGAAUGGUAGGGUUUCCCCCAAAAAAUCCCUUGUUAGGGGUACGAUUGAUUCCCCCAAACUUCGAACCGGUUAGAACCGUAGAUUUUUUCCUCAAAAAUCCUUGUUAGGAGCACGGUCGAUUCCCCUAAAAUUCGAAUAGGUCAGAACCGUAGAAUCCCCCCUCCCAAAUUCCUUGUUAGGAGCACGAUUCUUCUCUAGAUCCGAUAAAAUCGUAGAUCCCCUCCCCGAAAAUGUUCGUUUAUAUGCUUCUAUCCAGCCGUGCGCAAUAACUGUCGAUUGUGGUGGAUCCAGCGGCCAUGGUGAAGAAGCCCAACGGUGUCGCCAAGGCCACGGCGACCUCUGCUGACGCGGCAGCCCAGCCAUCCAAGGAGAAUCCGUCCACCCCUGGGUUGGUCAAGGCCUCGAAGUUUAAGAAGAGAAAGGUCAAGGCCAACCGUGCGAAGCAGGCAGUCGCUGCAGCAGCUAUUGACGAGGUCGCCCCUGUAGGUGCAGGCACUGGUGAUGGCGAUGCAUCUGCAUCAGCGGCUUUACCGCAACCAUCCGAUGUUGCCGAGGCAUUACUUGUGGUGCAAACGCCAAAGUCAACCACUUUUGCUGAGGCAUCACCUGUGGCACAGACGCAGAAGCCAGCCACUGAUGCUGAAGGAUUGGUGCCUGCACCAAUACCAACCACUGCUGUAGCAUCAGCUUCGUCGCCAAAGCCAAAACCAGCUCAAGCUAAUGCUGAUGCUGCAGCUGCAAUUUCUGCCAGCAAGGGCAAUGGUGUGGGUGCUGAUAAUAGUAGGGGUGAUGGUGAGAUGAAGAACAAGAAAGAGAGGGCCAUGAGUGACAAGGGGAAGGAGGUUAUGGAGGAAGGAGGAAGUAAGGGAAAGGGUAAGGGUAAGGGGAAGAAGGCUGUGGUCAAGAAGGAAGAAAGGGGUGACCGUAAGGUUGCAGGGUUUAUAUUCAUGUGCAAUGCAAAGACUAAGAAGGAGUGCUACCAGAGUCGCUUGUUUGGGAUGCCUAGUGGGAAGAUUGAAAUGGUCAAGAAGAUUAGGCCAGGGGUCAAGCUGUUCCUGUAUGAUUUUGACUUGAAGCUUCUGUAUGGCGUGUACAAGGCAGCAUCACAUGGUGGGCUGAACCUUGUCCAUGAAGCAUUUAAUGGGAAGUUCCCUGCACAGGUUAAGUUUAAGAUUGAUAAAGAUUGCCGUCCUCUCCCUGAGAGUAGUCUCAAGCAAGCCAUCAAGGAAAAUUACAAUGCAAAGAGCAAAUUUGAUCCAGAGCUCACCACAAAACAAGUCCAAAGGUUACUUUUGCUGUUUAAGCCUGUUAGUGCACCUCAAUCUGUUUCAAAUAAUCACCUUGGAGAAAGGCGCCACUAUGAAAAACGAAGGAAGCCACGCCAUUUUGAAGAAAGGCGGCCUAUUGAAGCAGCGCGUCGGCCACGAUUUGAUGAGGAAAGGCGCCCUGCGGUUAGACAUGUUCCUUUUGAGGAUCCAUACAGGGCACCACGCUAUGCUCCAGUUCCUGUUGACUCUCAGCAUGGCCAUUCUUUGGCUAGUGAUCACCACAGAUAUUAUCAACCAGCACUUACACCUGAGCCUCGGCAGCUUCCUCUUGUUCUAGAGCCUCGAUAUGUUCCGCCGGCCCUAGAUCAUCAUCAUGUGCCAGAGCUUCGACAUGCCCCACCUGCAUAUUAUCGCACUUUGGCUCCAUCUGGUGAUUCAUACUAUCGGUCUGUUGAGAAUCUGGUGCCUGAGCGAUAUGCAGACAGAACCAUGGCUGACUUGACCACUAGAGAUCCAAUUAUUAGGGAUCACACAGCACUACCAGGGGAGGCACUUGCUCGAGCAGACCGCUUGGAUGAUCUCUACCGUUCUGAUCGUGUGGAGGAACUCUACCGUUCUGAUCGACUUGUUAACCGUGCUGUGGACCGCCCUCAUCCAGCCUAUUUUACAGCUGCUUAUGAGACCAACCCUGCUUAUGCUGAAACGAGCAUUAGGCCUGUCUCUGCAAGGGUCAAUGGACCCAGUGCGGCAGUUUCGUCACUCUAUUCCUUCAGUGGUGGCCCAGUAUAUCGGUAAUGAAUGAUCAUGGCUCUGUUGAAAGCCUUAGCCAGACUAAGAAGACAGGGUAUUCGUCUCUUUAACUGCAACUGUUGUUUGCCUUAGCUUCUAUUCGGUAUUUUCUUAAAUAUCCUUCCCUGGAUGAAUGACAUUCGUUAUCAAGACUUGAUGGUCUAAACUGUCGAAAUUAUGUACUGUACUUGGCGUGCUUUGAAGCUCACUUCGUUCUGUGAAUGGAUCGAUGCACGUAUUGGUAGCA